GAGCUUGGAUGAUGUUCGAUUGAAUUUGGAGGUUCUGAAACACUGCUCUGCAGUAUUGUUCUUGGAAUCAAGUGUCGCAAAUGUGCCUUCUAUAACAAAUUUGGCAUCGAAAAGCAUUGUUUCGGAAAACUGCAAUAUUCAGAAUGACAUUCCUGCGGGAACAAACCUAAAAUUGUGCUCUCUACCUGUCGCUCUCAGCAGCCUGGAAGGUUCUUCUUGUGGGGUUAGAAAUGUCAAAGAUGUGUGCCAUGAUCUGGGCAAAUAUGGUACGACACUUGAAAAUGAGGAUGCAAUUUAUUUGAUGGAACAGGUUGAAAAAAUGAGAAUAGAGUCUUCCCACCUAAAUUCGGAUGACCCUAUAGGAGGAAAUUCUGCACCGUGCUCAGCAGCAAACUCAGCUCAUAAAACCUCCUAUAUUGACACCAUCAAGAAUUCAGGUUCUUAUGCCGGAUUUCUAGAGCCUGAUGAGGUUUUGGUGAACUGCAUUACCGUAUCACAUUCGACUCCUACUCCAACUGUCAAAAGGAUUCAAAUUCUUCACCAAAAUGUGCCCUUGUGGCUUCGUUGUGGGGAUUUAGUUAUUCAUUUUGGGAUCAACACAAAAUUUACCGACAAUUCUGGGAGGCCAAAGUUGAGUAUUUUAGUCAAUGCUCCUCCAAGUCUUUGCCAUGUUCUAGCGAUCUGCGAUUCUCUUGUUCAAAGCUCGUUAAGGAGUUAUGGUAGCACCUCGGAAUGGUGGCCUCUGAUGAAAAAAAAUGCCUUCACUAAUUCUUCUUCUACUAUCCGGUUGCACAUACCGACCAUAACAAAUUGCGAGUCUGCUGCCAUGUACUCCACCGAGAUAUACCGACUAGAUGCAUCGAAGAACAUGAACAAACUUGCUUUCAGUAAAUUUGAUGCUGCUGAGCUUGAUUUAUUAUUAGCUCCGGGGACAAAUAUUGAUGCUUUUUUCUGUUUGGAUGCAUACGAUUAUCAGCAGAAUGCAGGCAUUAGGCUAGUAGCAAAAUCUCUUCUGAUCCAUUCCAGGUAGUUAAGGGACAUGUGACGUCCUCUCAUAGUUGUUUUUUUUUCCCUUUUCUUUUAAUUAUUUGUAAUUGACUAUUGUUCGUUUAGCAUUAAAAUUGUUAAUAAAUCAGCUGGUUAAAUUUCCUUA